AUGCCAACGCCAAGUUCGACUCCAGCGUUGGCUUUCACCUCGGAUCCUACGCCAAAUAAGCAAGCCUCAUAUGCACUUCCUCACCCCGUGCUACCAUCAUUCCAAAGCCCAACCCUGCACCCGAGUACCGCCAUAAGCCAAACCGAGCCGCCACAGGUACCGCAGAGCCCAAGCCGAUCACCACUUUCUCCAGCUUCAACUGUACUACUUACCUCCAGCCCACCACACGGAAUAAAGCAGGGCUCAUACUUCCCACAAAAAUUUAGAUCUGUCGUGCCGAGCGAGCCCGAUGAUGUGAAAAUCUCAGCGCCAGUGGAUUUUCCUUUGAAGAACGAAUCUCGCCGGCGUUCGCCCCCACCACAGUACUCUUCUCAACUAGCUUCUGACCUCGAUACAUGCAGACUAACCUCUGCCGUCGGAUCUCUCGUUCUCAAUGAUCUUCCCGGUAAUGCACCAAUUCCAACUGUCGGACACUGCCUCGCUCACCUCCAAGUCCUCGAAUGUUUCUACAACCUCCGCGAACAUAUAUCCAAAACGGAUGGCAUAUUCGGCUUCUCAAAUUCGCUCGCACAACCCAUGAGUCAGUGGGAUGACGCCAACGAAGUGAGAGAGAUUGACCUUGUUCAAGAAAAGCGCUGGGCCGUUUAUGUCACGCGUGCAGUCGAUCGCUUCGAGGCAUGGUGGACACGGUGUGCGCCUGCAACGCGCGGUGGCCAGCCAUCACGGAAGUUAAUGCAGAUCGAUCUGGACAGCUCUGGGGGGAAGUGGUUCGAAGCUAGUUUCGGGCAUCGGUUUCAAAUGCCGUUUUCAGCUGAGCGGUUGCCGCCCCUAGAUGUGCUUAUGGUCUGGCAUGCCUAUAUGCUCAAUCCUCGCUCAUUUGCCGAAGACUGUUUGCGGCUGGGCAAGAUGGACUUUUGGGCCCUUGGAUUCCCAUGGGAGGCUAUCAACUCUGCGAUUGAUCCCAGCACGCUAGAAUACAGACCUUCAGUGGUGGCAGUCCAGGCUUUUGAGGGUAUGACGAGACGCAAAUGGGAUAGCCUUGUAGAACCUGAUACAAAGAAGUUGAACUGUGCGAAAUGUCGGGCUAUUCUCGACGUCCCUUGGACUUCGAAACGCGAGGUGCCGAUUGGGGGUAUGAAAUAUGAACUAAAAGAUGUUCUUAGCAGUGGAGAAGGCUUCGCAGAGUCCAACUUCAACUUUAAGUGCAUAGGCUGCAACAAUAUCAUAAACCACAAAUAUCUGGAGCUCGUUAAAUUCAAAACAGAUGUCGAAAGUCUUGCAUCAAACAAUACUCCUUUGCCAGGAACAAUCUUAUCACUCAAGGGCAUACAUGACUAUCAUGGUUGA